AUGUGGUUUUUUAAAGUUCAAAGAAACAUACAAACGUUGCGUCUUCAUAAUUUUAUUAUCACUAAUAAAUUGAUCACUAAUAAAUUGAAAUCAUCAUUGAUAAAGAAUGGAAAAUAUGGAUCAAAUAGUACAAUAAUUUUACGAAAUUUAACUACAUCCAAUAGACGUAGUAAUCCUUAUCAGAAGCGUAUUGAUAGGAAUAAAUCCUUUUUAAUGUACACGAUAGCCGUACUAGUUUUCGGUGUAGGUUUUACUUAUGCUUCAGUUCCUUUAUAUCGAAUGUUUUGUCAAACGACUGGAUUUAGUGGAACACCUAAUACGGAUAUUUCAAAAUUUAGUCCCGAAAGGCUUAUCCCGGCAAAAGAAUCACGUAGGAUUAAAAUACAUUUUAAUGCGGAUACCUCACUUGCCCUGGAUUGGAGUUUCGUUCCUCAACAACGUGAAGUUUACGUUUUACCUGGAGAAACUGCUUUGGCUUUUUAUACGGCAAAGAAUAAAUCGAAUCAAGAUAUUAUUGGGUUGGCCACUUAUAAUGUAACCCCUUAUAACGCUGGUCAAUAUUUUAAUAAGAUACAAUGUUUUUGUUUCGAAGAACAAAAAUUACAAGCAGGAGAAGCCGUGGAUAUGCCAGUCUUUUUCUUUAUAGACCCGGAAUUUGCCGAGGAUCCUUUAAUGAAAGAUAUUGAUACCGUAACUUUAUCGUACACUUUUUUCAAGGCAAAAUAUGACGACAAUGGAACCUUGAUUCCAGUUCCAACAACAUAA